GGGGGUCCGGUGGGUUGGGCUGUGGGGGUGCCGGUGGAGGGUGCAGGAGGGAGGAAGAGUUUCAGGCUGCCCUGGUGGAACAUCUGAGUGAGCGAGACGAUGGGGCGUAAGAAGAUCCAAAUCAUGCGGAUAGUGGACGAGAGGAACAGACAGGUGACGUUCACGAAGCGCAAGUUCGGGCUGAUGAAGAAGGCGUACGAGCUGAGCGUGCUGUGCGACUGCGAGAUCGCGCUGAUCAUCUUCAACAGCUCCAGCAAGCUCUUCCAGUACGCGAGCACCGACAUGGACAAGGUGCUGCUCAAGUACACCGAGUACAGCGAGCCGCACGAGAGCCGCACCAACUCCGACAUCGUGGAGGUGCUGAGCAAGAAGGAGCACAAGGGGGGUGAGAGCGGCGGCGAGGGGCAGGACGGCGACGGCGUCGACGGCGGAUUCCUGCUCGCGCCGGGGACCCAGGAUAAAUACCGGCGCAUCAACGAGGAGUUUGACAGCAUGAUGCGCAGCCAGAAGCUCGUGUCGGCCUCUGGCUUCCACUUGCCGAUGUCUCUGUCGAUGGGCGACCCCUCGGGGGUCUCGCUGCCGUCCUUCUCCGUGGGGGGGCCCUCAGUUGUGGACUCGAGCCCCUGCGGGAUGCUACCCCCUCCGCCCCCUCCCCUCCACCCCCAAAUGCAAGGGGCGCUUCUGCGUCUCACGGGGGGCUCGCCAGCUCCCCCGGCCCAGGCUGUUCUCCCAUCCAGGUGCUGGUCAGAGUCAACCCAGCUUAGCUGCCAAGACGUGCCGAGGUCAUCAUUAAGGGUGGCUUUCAACGGCUACUGCAGCCCAACCCAAGUGUCACCCAGCCACCUGGGCUCACCGGGAGGGGGCAGUCUGGGGGGCAGCAGCACGGGGGUGCAGGGCCUGAUGGUGGGGGGGGGCUCCAGUGCGGGGGUGCUGGGCCGCGCUCCCCCCGGGCGCUCCCCGUCCUCGCCGGGCACGCUCGGGGCGGACAGCUCGUCGCCGGGACUCGGCGUGGGGCUGUCCAACUCGGCGGGGCGAUCGCUCGCUCAGGCCGGGAACAAGGGUGGCCUCAUCCCGACGGCGCUGCUCGAGGAGCAAGAUUUGGAUCUGACUCGGAGACUUGGCGUUGCCCAGGCCAGUUCAUCGCCUGGGUUCCACUGUGUGAUGCCAUCCUCUUAUGAUUUGGGAUUGACUGGUGCUGAGCUGGCCACCUUGUCAAGCUUUGGCCCCAUGUCGCCCUGGCAACGACAGGGAGGACCCCUUGGGCCCACGCUCGGAGCACUCGCGGACCGGGCUUCGGGCAUCGGAAGCUCCUACCUGCCUCACACGCAUCAGCAGCAGCAGCACCAGCAGCAGCAGCAACAGCAUCAUCAGCAGCAGCAGCAGCCGCCACAACAACAACACCAGCUGCACAGAGUACAGGGAGGCACGCAGUCGGACCACUCUCCCGCCGACAGCCUGAGCAGCUCCGCCAGCUCGUACGACGACGGCACGAGCGACCGGGACGACGUCGCCACCUCCAGCGUUCUGUCCCUGGGCCACGCCUCGCACGGGGCCUCUCAGGGCUCCCUCUCUCCCACCUCGGCCAAGCGCCUACGGCUCGGCGAACAGCGCUGGAUCACAUGACGGCAUUCAGCUGCCGCCACCCCCGUUUUUCCCUGCUGUCACCCCGUCCUCUGUCAUUCCCCACCCCGCUCAACAACCCCCAUUCCCUGAUCUUGAAUUAUUGCUCUUUUUCUGCUACGGUCCCAACUGUGGCCACCCCACGCCGCUGCCAUCAUCCACCGCGACCACACCUGCAGGAACGAAUGUGCCUCCGAACGUUGUAUGCGCAGGGUGCUCAUUUGGGUGACAGCUAAGAGAUAUAACCUUGGUUUAUAAAAGGGAAAAUAAUCGAAUACUCGAAGCACAGCUUAACUUUGGCCACUUUUACAGUUAGCGUAUUAAAGGAGCUUGAAUCGUGGAAUAUUUUGAGGCCAGAGGACUAUUCUCGUGGCCAUAUUUAAUUGAUGUGCAUGUCCACGCCGUGAUUUUCUAUUGAGGCACAAUUUCGAGGCACCGCUAAUUGGCGGCAGACUCUGGCCCGGUGGUAAACUGUAUUUCUGUGCUCCAGAAUUUGUCGAACGUCCCCAAGCGCCGCGAUUGGCGCGAUUGAUUACCUACCAAUUGUCCUGGCUUCGGCCGUGACUCACCGCUCUCUAGAUCGUACGAGUCGAUCGUCGAUUUUUAACAGCAUUGCCAACGGGAGAGGAAAUUUUUUUGUUUUAUUCAAGUCGGUCUCAUUUACCUUGAACGUUGUUUUUUUUUGUUUGCUUUGCCGGCGGCUGUGCUUCGAGGCGCUUCUUGAAACCAAGUGGCCCCCCAUGUGCUUUGGCCCCGGGUACAGGCACGUGGGGCUUGGCAAGGCGGAGUGGAGGUGUGUGCGCCCUGGUGGUCUCGUUGGAAGGGCGCGUGCGGCGUGAUAGAUGUUUGCCUUUAGCCAGCUUUAGCUGAAUAACGCCACAGAGAGCCGAUGUAGGUUGGCGAUGACGAUGUUGGUGAUGAGAAUGUUUGUGAUGGUCCCUUUUUGAAGAGCAUGGCAAUGUCGAUGGUGAGGGUGAUCAUGUGGAAUCUGGUGACGUUGGAGAUAUAGUGGAUUACGGUGAACGUUGUGAUGGGUGAUGAUGGUCCAGCGGAAUGCGGCGGAGACGGUGAUGAUGGAGGGGUCACUGAAUAGAGUAAAGUGAUGGCGAUGAUAGUGGUUACCGGAGAGAUCAUGUCAAUGGUAAUACCGAUAGUGGCAACAGUGGAUGGUGAUUGAUGAUGAUAAGGGCAGUGAAGGUGAUGAUGGUGAUAAUGUCAGAGGUGACAGAGGUAGUGGUCAUGAUAUUGGAUGAAGGUGUUUAUGGAUGUGACUUGAUGGUGACGGUAAUGAUAACAGAUACGGUGAUAAUGAUGAUGCAAACACUUUCUAUGCCAAGUUGGAACUGUUGUUGACAAACAUCAGCAUUGAAGGUGUGAGUUUCACCAAUGUAGUGAAUUGCUUCCAUUUCUGUAACAAACCUGCCAUGCAUUCUUCCCUCGCACACCUUUGAGGCCCCACUUAUCCCUAAUCAAUUGCGAUACAAGCUGGACUUGUACCACAAAUAUCUUGAAACCAACUUGGGAUUUGACGGCGAGAGAUUGAAAUGAGUCAGAAAGUGUACAGAGCUAUAAGAAACAAACAAAAUACCUAAUAUAAAAGUGAUAAUUAUUACAAAGAAUACGGACUCUUGCGGUAAACUAUUCACCCCGCAAAAGCAUCAUGCCUUUUUCUCUGAAGCUUGUUUUUAAAUUAGCACGAUAAUUUAAGCGAAUUAAAUGAGGUUUAAAAAAAAGUAAAUAAAAAAACGAACGUGGAAGUUUAUCGCUGACGAAGUUUAAAAGCACUGAUGUUUUAUUUGUUCAAGAUUUAAUAAAAUGUAGAGUUUGGCCAAAUGUUA